CCUCCGCCACGGCAGCCGGGGUAGUUGAGCCACGGCACCCUGAACGGGCGUUGUUCAGCAUUCAAAGCCAAAACUGAACGUGAAGGUGGACCGCUGCUGCAGCGAGAAAUAAACUGUGCCAAUUGAAAUUUUUGCCUCGUGCAGUGUUUUUAUGUGCGGAGGGCUUUAACAAGCAGCCAAACUGUGGGGUGCCGGGGCUUUUUUUCUUCCUCCUCAGGGAAUGUACUACCCGCACAUGGUUCAGACGGGUAUGUCAGCGCCGUUUGGAGCGGCGACUCCGACGGGUUUCCCUGCGCAGAACGGCGACGUGAAGCCUGCGGACGAGAAGGCCCAAGUGCCGCUGCUGCCGCCGCCGACGGGGACAGCAGCGACGGGCACGGGGCCCCCGUUCAGUCCGCCGCCCCCGCAGUCGACCGCCACCGGCGAGCAACCCACCGUGAGCAUAGUAAAUAGCCCAGCGUUAACGCAGAACCAACAACCGUACAAAUGCGAUCAACAACCCCAAGAAACGGAGACGAACGGCGCGGUGGCACCUCCGACGUCCGAGGCGUCCGACACCAGCGCGUCGGGGACGCCGGCCACCAUAGACCCUUCGAAAAACCAGCCCAAACGGCUGCACGUUUCCAACAUUCCUUUUCGGUUUAGAGACCCCGAUCUGCGGGCCAUGUUUGGGCAAUUUGGCCCAAUACUCGACGUAGAAAUAAUUUUCAACGAAAGAGGAUCCAAGGGGUUCGGUUUUGUAACAUUCGCAAAUAGUGCUGAUGCGGAGCGCGCACGAGACCGACUACACGGCACCGUGGUUGAGGGAAGAAAAAUAGAGGUCAAUAAUGCAACUGCAAGAGUACAAACUAAGAAACCACCAACGCUUCCAACAGUUCCGGUAAUACAAUGGUCCGAUGCCACACUGCGAGCUGGAGUGGCGGCCAUUCAGAGAGGACGAGCAAGGGCAGCAUAUCCGGCAGCCGCUGCAGCAGCUGCAGCCGCAUUUGCGAGGCAUCCGACGCCUUUGGCUGGAGCUUUACACGGUUACACCCCCGUUUUGAACACAUUACCUGUAGAUGGCAGCGUUUACUAUGACCCUUUUCUGGCUGCCCACGCAGCUGAUCCCAAUUAUAGACUACAGGCUGCUGCGGCCGCAACACCUCUAUUAAAAACACCUCUGUCGACUGCCCAACAGGCGAGUUACGCUGCCGCUGCCACCUAUACGGCAGUUGCGGCGCGUUACGGAGCCGCUCAACCCGUCGCCGGUUACGCCGCUGUCGCCGGUUACGGCCGGGAUUACGCUGAUCCCUACCUGGGACACGGGAUCGGGCCGAUGGCCGGAUAUGGGGCUGCUGUGUAUCGGAGCGGUUAUAACCGGUUCACGCCCUAUUGAACAUAUCCGCAGCUCCGUUAGGCCUACGAAAAUACUCAACUGUUAUUUGUCUUGUGUACGUAGCACAAAACAGCACAAACAAGAAUGAGCCAAAGAGCUGUAACUCACUAACGUAAGCCCUUGUGAUAGCCCACCUAACCCAGCUCUCUAACUUAGUUAAGGAUUAGUCAUAAGGUCCGUUUCCAUUCACUUAUACGGCUACCUUUUACUCGAAACUGACUCAGGUCGGUUGGAACGGUAAGUGAGGAUAGUUGUAGGGUAUUGCAGGACGUGUAGUGUUACGUACUUUAUUUUAACUUAAGACAUGUGACACAAAUGCCAUGACCAGGAUAAUUAGCUAUCGUUCAGACUGUUAUUAAGUACCUUACUCAGUCACAGAAAGGCUUGUGUUAGGAAUCAUUAGGCGAUAAAGCAAUAAGUUCAAUUUUUCGUUCGAUCGCUGUUUUAAUGACUGGAAACUGAACAAUAUCAUGCGGUAUUCGAUUUUAAAACCACAUUGUACACAUAGAUACAUAUGUCAAAUAGUAGGUUGUACGAUCUUUAAAAACUACUAAAAAUUUUACCCUUUUAUCGAUUAAGAUUUUGACAGGUUUAAUCGUGGCUGUUCUUAGUUGUGGACAAAUAGUAGUUCCGACUUCCACUAUCGUCAAGUUUGAACUCAACGUGAAUUUUUCUUAAUUUUGGACAAUAGUGGAAGCCCCAUAAUGGUGAAAAUUCGAUAUAAUGACACAUUUGUCUUGUAGUUGUAAGAUUUAAGUUAUAAAAUGACUGGUAGGACUUACAUUACGCUCUCUCGAGUCUCAUUUGUAUUUAUGAAUAGUUAAGUUUAUUCGAUUUUUAGUAUAAGUGCAAUGGAAACUAAUUUCCCACGUGUUUAGUGUAUUUUUAGUUAGUUAUAUUUUGAUACUCUAUUCUUUUUUAAGCAGAUGUUGUAGGUCUGCAUGACAUAUCGACGAUAAUCUCUCUAUAUUAUAGCUCUCUAGAAUGUACAGUUUUUUCAAAGAUCUGUUUUUAAUUGUGUAAACCCUGGGAUGUGUUUUCGCAUUUGCCAUCUGUAAAUUUUGGUUUGAUUUAUUCAGUUUUGUUGAUUUCCUGUGUUGCAACGCACAAAAUGCUUUCCGUGAGUGUGAAAAUACAUCCUUCAAAUUAAGGCCAAUAAGCUCUAGUCUCUGUAAAUAUUUCAUACGUACAAAACCCAUCCUCUUUUGGUUACGAUCCCAAGAAUUUUCGGUUUUUAUCAGUAUCAUCCCAUUUUAUUAUAAUAACCCCCAAUAUAUUCAUACCUUUUUAUGAAUAAAACGUAAAAGAGGUACAAGCACAAAG